AUGGCGGCGCCCACGCUGUCGCGGCGCUGUUGCCGCGCGGCGGAGUUAUUUGGCGCCCUGCGGCGGGCCCGGCCACCGGGAACGCGGCACGUCCACGAGCGGCCGCAGUGGGCCCGCGGCGCCAAGGGGCUGCUGGCGGCGCAGUUCGAGCGCGGCCUCUUCCAGGAGGUGUUCCCGGCGCAGGGCGCGGACGAGCAGCUGGAAGCGCUGCUGGAGCCGGGCCGCCCGCCCGUCGCCGUUUACUGCGGUUUCGACCCGACGGCGGACUCGCUGCACGUCGGGCACCUGCCGGCCGUCAUGGCGCUGUUGCAUUUCCAGCGCGCCGGACACACCGUCCUGGCUGUGGUGGGCGGCGCGACGGCGCGGCUGGGAGACCCCAGCGGCCGCGAACGCGCGCGGGAGCCGCUGGAGGCCGAGAAAGUGCGGGCCCACGCGCGGGGGCUGCGCGAGGGGCUGGGGCGGCUGCUGGAGAACCACCGCGCGCUGUUCUGGGCGGCGGGCGGAGGGCGGCCCCUGGGCCGGGCGGAACUCCUGGACAACGCGUGGUGGCUGGGCCGCGAGCCACUGCUCGACUUCCUAUGCGGCGCCGGCGGCCGCCUCCGCAUGGGCACGUUGCUAAGCCGGCAGGCCUGCCAAGCGCGGCUGCGCAGCGCCGAGGGCAUGAGUCUGGCCGAGUUCCUGUACCCCGCCCUGCAGGCCUACGACUUCUUGCACCUCCACCGGCACCACGGCUGCCGCGUGCAGCUGGGCGGCGCCGACCAGAUGGGCAACAUCAUGUCCGGAUACGAGCUCGUCACCAAGAUGACAGGAACAGAUGUGUUUGGAAUUACAGUGCCUCUUAUUACCAGUACUACUGGAGAUAAACUGGGAAAGACUGCUGGCAAUGCAGUUUGGCUAAACAGAGAUAAGACUUCUCCGUUUGAGCUGUAUCAGUUUUUUGUUAGACAACAAGAUGACAUAGUUGAGAAAUACCUGAAACUCUUCACCUUUCUUCCUCUUGAGGAGAUUGACCACAUCAUGGAAAUGCAUGCCAGAGAGCCUGAAAAAUGGGGCCCUCAAAAGCGACUUGCUGCAGAAGUAACAAAACUUGUUCAUGGCAGAGAGGGGCUGGAAUCUGCUAAGAGGUGCACCAAAGCCCUUUAUCACAGCAGUGUGGAGGCACUGGAAGCUAUGUCUGACCAGGAGUUACAGGAACUUUUUAGACAGGCUCCUUCGGCUGAAUUGAUGCUUGAACCUGGAAUGACUCUGCUUGACCUGUGUCGCAAAGCAAAUGCCAUUCCACAUGGACCUAGUGGGUACCAGAAAAUUACAGACGGUGGAGUUUCAGUAAAUGGGAUUCGUAUAACCAAUCCUGAGACUGUUCUUAUUCUUGGACAGCAUAUUCUCAAGAAUGGAGUAUCAUUGCUUAGGAUUGGAAAGAAAAACUACUACAUUAUAAAAUGGCUCACAUUGUGACAAGAAGAAUAUCUUCCUAAAAUUAGACACCACUUCAACUCUGUUGCUUGAAGAAUGUAAUUGAAGACGUUUCUAUACUGUGCAGCUCACAAACUGCCUAAUAGCAUAGUUUCAGUUUUCAGAAUACAUCAACAGAGUUCAAAUAAAGGCAGCUGAGAUUCUAAACAUGUAUGAUUUCAUGUUUUAGCUCUGGAAGUGAAUCACUGAACCAGAAAAUGAUAGAAAUCCAUACCAGAUUUUUUCCUCAUCUGCUGUCCAUCUCAUUCCUUCACAAUGAUCACACUUCACGUAGGCCACAGAUUGCACAUAGCAGAAAAAGCUGCAUGCUAUAUUAUAGCAGUUGCACACCUACACUGGAUUUUUUAACUCCACUAAGGUUAUGCAUUAUAAUUUGUUACAGCUGGGCUUUUUCUUAACUUACUCCUUUUUAAGUUAAUGCAGUGGCUGUCAGUAUCAGCUGUUGCCCAUGAAGAGUACUGAUUCAUGUGAUGUGCUCUCUCCACUAAAGUAUAAGAUACAGAUCUAAAAUACCAAAAAGGAGUGUUUGAAAUUGCUUUGGAAACAGGUACCACUGAAGUACAGAACUGGAAAACUGUCACAUGCAGCUCUUAGAAGUUACACCGAUGAAGAGAGAUUUCAAGCACCAUUCAUAAAAGAAUAUGCAUGAGAAGAUGAAAAGAUCCAUUUCAAGGAACCAAGAUGGAAACUCUCUUCCAACUACUGUAUUGUAGGUGGGAGGGGCAAUGGUCACCAGAUAUGCUACAGAACAAUUCACAGCAAGAUGUGCAAAGGGAUACUUGAAACCUUUCCUAACAAGAUGAAUGCUGCUGUUGACUUUUGACUUCAUCCUAACAUAGAAAAUCAGGAUAAGUGGGUAAGGACAAACAACCUACUAUCAACAGUUUUUUGUAUUUUUUUUUCUUAACAGGUUUGGUUUAAAGCUGCAGAAGAUUCACAAUAAAUAAGUGAAACAGUUAA